AUGGCAUCAAACGAUGAGAUAGAUCUGAAAGCUACGACAAACCUCGAUGAAGUCGAGCAAGGGUCUGGCGCUGGUGAAAAGGCGGUCGUCGGGGGCACUAGUCAGCUAUCUGGUACGAGACGACAUGUCCACAGCCUUGAGCGAUACAUCAAUCUUUCCUCCGUCGGAUUCUUCGGCGUCAUUGUUCUGGCUUCGUGGGAGUCUUUCGCCGUUACGUUCCAAUUCGCACUGGCAAAUGGGGGUCCAGCAUCAAUGUUCUACGGGUCUAUUCUGGCUGGCUUGGGAUGCUGUGCGGUCGGCUUUUCGUUGGCUGAACUGGCUUCGAUAGAUCCGACAGUCGGUGCACAGUACCGUUGGUCAGCGAACCUUGCACCAUCUGCUAACAGAUUCUGGGGCUUGCUUCAAGGAUGGAUCACUACUGCAGCAUGGUGCUUUGCCUGCGCCGGACCGCCAUCCAUUCUAGCAAACAUGAUCACUUCUCUCGCUAUUUUCAACAACAAGACAUACGAGCCACAGCGCUGGCAUACCAGCCUGAUUAUGAUCGCGACAAUGGUCCUCGCUUUCGUAUUCAACCUACGGUUCCGGAACCUACUAGAUGCCUUCGAAAUCACCGGAGGCGUGCUUCAUUUCGUUCUCUUCGUCGUCAUCAUUGCGGUAAUCGCUGCGCUGAAUCCACGUAGCAGUUCCGACUUUGUCUUCAAGACGCUCACUAGCGACGUCUCUGGGUGGAGCAAUCCUGGCGUGUCUUGGGGGCUUGGACUGCUGACGGUUACGUUUUCCGUGUCCGGAUAUGAUAGUGUUUUGCACAUGAGCGAUGAAGUAAAGAAAGUCCGCACCCGCGUCCCGCAAAGCAUCAUCAUCGCCUGUACCGUAAACGCUAUCAUGCUCUUCGUCUUUGUUCUAGUCUUGCUCUUCUACCUUGGUCCACUAGACGACACCGUCAUAAGCGCGCCUCUCCCCCUCAUCUACGUUCUCUACGGUGCCACCGGAUCGAAGGCAGCCACCAACACCCUCAUCGCGCUCAUAUCCUUCAUAAUCUUCUUUGCGCUCUUCAACGUCUUCGCCUCGGUUUCUCGGCUGGUUUGGGUCUUCGCGAAGGACAAUGGACUGCCAUUCUCCGACAUCCUCGCCUACGUCCAUCCCACGCUCAAACUACCAGUUAACGCUCUCCUCCUCCUCUGCGCGGUCGUUACCGCAUUAUCGCUUAUCUACAUCGCUUCCGCCACCGCCUUCAACGCACUCAUCUCGCUGCAAGCCCUCGCUCUGCACGUCUCAUACUUCUUCCCCAUUAUGUUCAUGCUCCUCCGGAAACUGCGCGGCCCGCCCCCGCCUUACGGCCCGUUCAAGCUCGGCCCUUUCGGCAUCCCACUCAACGUAUUUGCGCUCUGCUAUCUGGUAUAUGUGGUCCUCUGGAUGCCCUUUCCGCAGAUAUUGCCUGUUACGAAAGAUAAUAUGAACUAUGCUGGGCCGAUCUUCGGAGCUGUAGUGGUUGGAGCACUAGGAGACUGGUUCAUUUCUGGAAGGAAGAGGUUUCAAAUGCCUGUUACGCGGUACGAAUAGAUGUACAGAGCUAUGGGGAAUUAGAGAGUAUGGCGAUCCGUGGGUGGUGUUUGUGCUUUGGGACGCCACGCAAGAGGUAGACGCUAAAUCCUGUAUUGAUUGAUGAAAGGUUACCGCUUCAAUCUCGAGAUGCACACCCUAAAAGGAGGUCGCGACAUCGAGUUCUC